AUGGCAGAUAAAAGCAAAGGGAUGACUGGGUUUAAACAGUGUCAUGAUUGUGGAAGAAAAAUGCCCAAUUCUGAUGGGCAUUCAUCUUGUGUCUACUGCUUGGGGCCGGUGCAUUUACAAGAGGAUUACGAUAUUUGUCAAGCCUUUAGUCACCGGGCCCUCAUAGAAAGGAAAAACAAACUGAUAUUGACAGGUCUGAUUAAGACUUCUUUUGAUGAAACAUUGUCCAGUCAGCCUAGGACCUCUAAAUCUGAUGUGUCCUCACCUUCGUCUUUCUCUUCCAUUUCCUCUAAAGUUGAACUUGGUAAGAAGAGGAGUCUCUCAGUGGUGGUGUCCCCUUUGGCUCCGGCACUCAAGAGAUCUAAAUUUUCAGUUCCCACACACUCUACAGAACCAAAGAAGGUGGAAGAAAGAAGUGGAAGAAAUAGUGGACAACCAAGAAGAGGACCUCAAUCAACCACAGACACAGAGAGUGCACCAAAAGAACACGGCCAAGCAGACAAACCAGAAGUUCACCCAAGAGGGGUAGAGGAUAUCAGUCAGCAAACAGCACUGCCAGCAGGUUGCAGAAUGGUGUGGAUAGUGGGGCAAUCUUUCAUUUAUUGGGCUGAGAGAAGGGCCCAGAAUCAACCAUCUGGAAAGCAGCUUGGAUUAUGCACAGACAGAUGGAAGCUACAGUGGAGAGGAAUCCGCAACAUGUGCUGGCCACAGCUGCAGUCAGAGCUGGAUAACAUGUCUGAAAGUCUCACAAAACCGGAUGUUUUAAUUCUGCAUUUGGGAGGGAAUGACUUGGGCUGUAUACCAAAGAAAGAAUUUGUUGAAGUAAUGCUUAGAGACAUUAGUUUGUUGAAGGAAAAAUACCCCGGUAUUGUCAUAGUAUGGUCUAUAAUUAUAGCUAGACUUGUUUGGAAAAAUGCUCUGAGUUUUCAAGGUAUGGAGAAAGCAAGGAAAUACAUUAAUAAAAUGAUGUGUAGAGAGGCCACAAUUCUAGACUUCAGGGUGUUACAACACACAGAAUUUGAGAACAGGGACCCAUCUUGGUUCAGGCCUGAUGGGAUGCAUCUAAACGACGCUGGCCUAGAUCUCUUUAAUUUGCACUUAAGAUCGUUUUUGCAGGGCUUAGAAUAGUGGCACUAGUUAGAAAUAAGAUUAAACUAAAAAAAAAAAAAAAAAAUACGUAAUAUAUUAGAAGUAAGAGAGAACUGCAAAAUGAAAAAAAAAUAUAGACAUAUUGAAUUAUAACAAAGAUAGUUUAAAAGAAUUGGUAAAAUAGGGCAAAACAUAAGGUCCUUAGUGAUGUUCUUAUAAGGGAUAAGAAAACAAAAGAAAUAAAGUUAUCAGGUGAGUAUCAAGCUUCAAAAAAGGGUGGGUCAUGAGAUCAUACAAAGGAAAAGGGAAGUUUUCUUGGGGGAGUUUUUUUAUAUGAGCAAGCAGAUGGGGGGUUAGUCCUGUUUUAGGAGUGAGGGAGUAGAGCACAGUCCAUGUGAAUUUUGGAAUGUAGCAUGGUGGAUGGAAAUAUCCAGGCACAUUUUUGAGAGGUACCGAGUCGACUCCCCUGUGCCUAGUAGGACAGUUGUUCAUCCCCCAUGCUGGGGUGUGAACUCUGUCAUCCCAGUGGUCCAGUGUGUGAGCAAGACUUUAUGGGAAGCUGACACUUCUUGAACUGGGAUGGGGUAAGGCUUCUCCUACAUCUUUCCCUUGAUGACGUGUGACUAUCAGUGACUGAGAAUGAACAUUGUUGAUAUGAAUGAUUAUGACAAAGAAGAUGCACUGGGGGGGGGGGGCUACUGCCAGUGGGAGCA